CCCGCCUCUCCUCCUGCGCGUCGCAUCACUAAGCGAUGUUCAGCACGGACAGCAAGCACCGCACCAAACCCGCACGACUCAACGCGUACUUCACCUGUCCCCCCUCGCAGAGAUAUCCACAUAUCCCCCAAUUUCGUCCGGGCGAAGAAGCCUCGAGGACUUGACGGUGAGCCUUGACGUCACGAUGCCAGGUACAGACUGAAGGGAGUGUUUGGCUCGUGAGGAGGAGGAGGAGGUGGAGAAGGUGGAGGAACACUGCGGGUGUGCUUGGGGUGGCCUCUCCUUCGCGGUGAACACCUUUCGGGCUCGAACGCACGUAAGAUGAUGGACGGCUGGGCGCCGCUUCUGUUGCUGCUGGCCCUUCUUGCCAUUGCGGGAGGUGAGUAACUUAUCCGUGUAAUGGCUCCAUCGACGCGCUGCUGCGCGUGUGUGUGAGAGAGAGAGAGACACAGAGAGAGUGUGUGUGUGUGCGCGCGCGUGUGCGUAUCGUCACCUUUAGAGGGCCAAAAAUAAAACACACCUCACCGAGCGUUACAGCAUUAUUCAGGGGGCUUAAAAACAUGCGUGAAGUAACGUAACGAAAAGGAGCGGUUGAAGGAAAUGUCUCUUCCAUUGCUGUGUCACCAUAUUUCUCAUAACGGCAGAGCGCGCGAUGAAAUGAUGUAGUAGAGAAAUGUUACCCACUCGAAAUUGCAGGCGCGUAAUACAGAAACACACGCACGAGCUAGCAUGAUUAGCGCGUGAGAAAUCCAUAAAUUGAAGGCACCUGCUCUUGUUUAUACGAUGUGUUUAAAGCUAUUACUUGAUAUCGUAACAUCAUGUGUCAAAGACUUAAGACCCAUUUUUUAUUUAUUUAUCUUAAUGCUGUAUAGCUGAAGAGGUUAACUGAUAUUCAGCAACAUUGUUUAGUCCGUGACACAUUUUUCAUGACAUUUUAAACCUACAAACUCCUGCUGAUUAAUUCAACAUUUAUUAGUUGUAUAAAUGAACAAACACAUUUUAAAUAUUAAGUCUUGGUAUAUGUGAUUCUCCUACAAAAGAGCACCAUUUUAUCCCUUUUUAGAGAUGGAGGGCUAAAGGAAGAAUUAAUCUUAUCACCUACUUUCCCCCCCUCCCCCCUUUCUCUCUCUGUCUCCCUCUCUCGCUCUCUCAUUAACACCGAGGUCCUGUAUUGAGUGGGCAGGUUAAUGAGAGGCACGUCAAGCUAAAACAACUUUAACAUCCUGUCAUCAAAGGGAAAAUGAUGUGACACACAGCUUUGCAGGACAAAGCUUCUGCCUCUCUAAUAUAGCUUUAAGUGGUAAUGGGCCUUUUUUCCUUUACUUGAAUGUGAAUCUGGUCAAUGAAACUUGUUUACAACCGAGUUUUUGUAGUGCAUGAGAAGCAAAUGAGGUAUCUGUUAAGUGUGAAGCUAUUAGGGUGUUAGGGAAUAAUUUACCUCCCUGAGUUGGCUCUAAUUCAGUGUUAAUUUCUGUUUAGAGAGAGUUUGCCCCGAGCAGAGAGGAAGAAACCCAUCAGCUGAUUGGCUAAAUCAAAGCAGCCUUAUUAUUUUCAGCCAAGCCGUGGUAGUGACAGAACAGAGGCCAGCUCACUGCCUCCGAGCAAAAAGACUGCUCGUCCCUGCCUGUGCAGCAGCACCCAAAUCCACGCACCCUUACACACUUCCAUCCACACACAUAUAUUAAAAAAACCCAAAUCCACACACACACACUGGACCAUCUGCCUUACAUUGACUGAUUGUUCAUCACCACCCAUGGGGACAACAUGCUCCUGCCUUUUCUGUUUCUCAUACACACUACUUCUUUGCGGCGCACACAUCACACACACACACACACAGAGCUUCUCAUUUCACAUAUCAUAAUACAUUCAUGCAAAGACAUACAGUGAAGGAUCAAACACUUUGACCUCUACUAACCUGCAAUUCAUCAUGUCAGCAUUAGCCCACACAUGCACAAACGCAUCAGACACACACAUACACAUAAAAUUAUAUAGCGAGCUGAGAUGUUUUGUACUAAAUUGAUUAAAUAGAAAAAUGUAAGCAAAAUACUUAAUAGUCUUCAAUAAGGGGUUGCUUUAGAUUUUUAACCUCUGUAAACUGUAAAUAUUUUAAUAUUUCGUCAGUUUAAAUUUCACUCUGCUUGUUCUCACACACCAAUAACGCGGCUAAUUCCCCGUAUCUAAAAACCUACUUGGCAACAAACCUGAUUCUCCCUUCAGUGGAGUACGAGACGUGACAGAAGCAUGUCUUGUUUAUGACGCUGCUUUUAAACUUGCUGUAUAAUAUUUGCUUCUCUCCCCUGAGCAUCCAGUUUUGUUGGUUGAUGAUUCCUGAGUUCAAACAGGGGUACGUUCACUAAACGAGAAAACGCUGCCAAGAUGAAAUACCACUUUAAGGAGAUUCACAAGCAGUGGAGUACUAAUGAGUCAUCUUCCCUUGAGGAAGAAAAUCUGAUUAGCAUCAUCUUCAGAGACUAUAAACUCAAUCUACACACACAUACACACAAACACACCCAAACAAAGGUUGAAAGAAAUGCUUACAUGGUUGCACACACACCUGGAGUAAAAGCGUAUGUUAACAGCUUUAAGGGAUUCCCUACAAAGACACAUAAUUGUUCUACGCAUAGUUGGAAAAGACAACAUCAUAGUACAUUAAGUUGGGAGGCGUGUACAUUUGUUCACAUUAGCUCAUGUUGGCGUAUCUUCACAUCACAUUAUCAUGUAAAAGGAGCAGAAGAGAGGAGACACUUAUGCAUCUCCUUCAUGUAGAGACACACUAGAAUGUGAGAAAGCGAAUAUCGGUGGUGACGGGAUUAGGAGGAGAAAAGUCAUAACUUUACGACAGUCUUAUGUAAGACUUCGAAAGAGACACAAACAGGCACAAAACGAGUCUGAAAAUUCAGUGGCCAUGCAAGGACAUUUCACGGACGUUUCACCACCUGUCCCAGACUGUGCCGUGAGGAUGCAGCCCUCCUCCUGUGUGACGAGGAUACCUCUUGUCAUUUCCCCUGCAGGCCAUGCAUAAUAAACAGGUCUGUGGUGCUGCGUUGACCUGAUGUGAGGGUUACUGGAUAUAGAGCACAGUGUGCAAUAGUCUCAUCAAGCAGGGGCGUAAAAGUGCAUUUGGAUUAGUUUUACAACAAUACUUUUACCAUCUGCAUCCUUUGGCUGUUGUGUUUGGUGCAAGUCUUCCUUUUUGCAUGUGUGCAUAUGUAAUCUAUGUCCCUGCACUCAGUGAAUAUCAACCUACUGUUUCCUUGGCAGUGCCACAGUCUAGAAAGUUCUGCUCGGUCGGUUUAGCCUGUCAUCACUUUUCUGCUGCACCGCUCCAGCUCACUGAUCCCUGCAAUAUCUCAACCUGCACAUUACAACAGCCCUCCUUUUGUCUCUAUCUCUCUCUCUGUCACUUUCUCUUUCUCUCUCUCUCUCUCUCCCUCUCUCAUUCUCUCUGUCUCUAUCACUUUGGACUGGAUCCCAACACUCAGCAGCGGCAACAAGAUCAGAUCGCAGGAUAUUUGGCUGCAUGUGAGAUUACAAACGCACAGCAGAGACCUGCAGUUGUAUGUGAGAAAGUGUGUGAUUCUGUGUGUCAAACAGUGGGCUCUCAUGUGUGAUUUUGUGCAGGAUUGUGUGUGUGUGUGUGUAGCAGUCGUACAAGCAGUGCACAGCAGUGUUGUGUGGCCCUGGAGAAUAAAAAGAGAGCACCAAAGUUCAACAGAAACUUAAGCAGAGGAGAAGAGGCAGAUAAGAGACGUUUGGAAAGUUUAGAGGUUAAAUUUAACUUCGUACAAGACUGAGUGUGUGCACGUGUGUGUAUAUAUACAUACGUGUAGUUGACUUAUGCACUUACAUAAAGGUAGGGCCGUGCGUAUGCAGCUCUGGUGCAGGUGUAGAAAGCAUCGUACUUAAGAUAAUGCAGCUUACUCGCUCUCAGUUAAGAGCGUCUGUGAAAGAUAACACUUUAUCUUGAAGAUACUGGAGAAAUGAUCUUACAUCUUUGCGUAGCAGUCUGAAAAGGAACCGAUAGAUAAUAAACCGAUAAAUAAAUAAAAAUCCUGAGCUGGAAGAGAUCACAAAAAAAAAACGUGUGCUCAUUUCAAUCUUGAUCAGGAAGUCUGCAAGAUAAGACACGAAAACAAAUGAGAUCAAGACCCAUGUACUGAAGCCAGAUAGUAUAUGUGCACAUGCUAUUCUCAGGCAGCAGUAGGCAUCGACCUGGUGAUGACACAGGAGUGAGAUUUAUGUUUUUUCAAAUAAUAGCCUAAAUAAUAGCUGUUGUGACAGGCAUUAUGCAGUUUAAAUGAUGGAUAUUAUUGCUCUCCCUGAAAUAUACACCACAAUAGUUGGAAGCCAGACUGCCUUUCAUCCAACAGAUAAGCUCUUUAAGCUAUAAAACAAUAAAAAAACAUGAUAUAAAUAAACCCCACUUUACGUCCUUGUACAGCGAUUUCUGGAGUCUUUUCAUCUGAGAUUCUGCAGGGAUAUAUCCUCUGUAAAUAUCAGAAGUUAUUUGGCCAUGUGUAAAAGGUGCACAGGGUAUUUAAUGUUAGCAUUUAAACCCCAUGAUUCCUCUCUUUUUACCUAUAUAUGGAAAACUUUCACAUGUAUUUUGAAUUGAAAACAACAUUAAGAGCCAAAAAGGUUUAAGCCAUUGAAGUUUGUCUGUAUUUCUGAUAAUCUGUUGCUAAAUAAAUGCUUCACUCCAAAACAUUUUUAAUACUUUAUGUAAUAUUAAUAAAAGUAAUAGCUUUAUUUAUAUCGCACCUUUAAAAAAAGACAUUUACAAAGUGCUUUAACAGGUAAAACGAAGGCUGAAACAGGCAGGAUUCAGUGGACGAUAAAUCAACAAUCAUGUCAAACAAAGACCAAACGAGUCAGGUGAAAUACACAGACUAAUUGAUGAUAGUUUAUGUUUGACUGUCGAUGGUUGACGGCAUCACAUGAGGAAAGUGGAGAAGGUGGAUAGAGAAUGGAUAAAAGGGAAAGAAUAAAUCAAAAAAAGACAAUAAUUAUAACGGGGUAUUUUAAGACAUGAUUUUUUUAAAUAGAUGUUUUCUAAAGUAGUGGGGGACUAAAAGUCACUUGUUUUUUUCUGACAGACAGUCUCAAAUGUAAUUUGUGAUGUAUAAAUGACAAACAUGGUAAAUAUUCAUUGUUUAAAAGCUGAAGCCAGCAAAUGUUUCUAGUUUAUGACUGAGAAAAACUAAAAGACGAGUCAAUCAAAUGAAGGAUUUUCUCUUUUUUUGACUCAUCAGUUUCUAAACCUGUCGUCUCAGCUCUAAAAUUUAUCGUAUUCAGGCCAUCAGGAUAGAGCCUAUAAACUGUAAUAGCUCUAUACACUCUUGCUUAUAUCUUGCCAACUUCUCUCUCUGUGUAUUACAUAAUAACACAGGUUUCUGGUUUCUAUAACAUUUCUGUCAGUGCUUCUGUGUAUUUUCUGUUGAUGUAAAAUAAGAUGAGUUAUCAUAGAAGAGAAGUGUGAUCGUGUAUUGUAUUAGAACUUGUAUAACCAGUCUAACUUCAGUAAGGAUAGGAGUAAAAACGUAGGAGAUAUGCACAUGCAGUGUCUUAGUGGAGUGCUGAAAAGCUUCUGUUUCUACAUCAGCUCAGCCUCAAAGGUUGUUUUUCUCUUUGAUGGUGGACUUGGCUGAAUUCGGCGACCAUAAAGCUUCAGCCCUUAGUACAUCCACAGUAGGAUGGCUUUGUGUUUGAAGUGCUGUGAUAUUGCUGCUGGAUGGAGGAUCAAUAUUAAUACCUCAGUUCUAUGGCCACUACAGAGCCAAUUGGGUGUUGCCAGUAGAUCAAUGGAUCCUUCCAUUAUUGAUUUAAGAAUAUUUCAGCAUAAAAGGUCCCUACUGCGGCCAAAAAGCCUCUUUGGCAGAGCACAGAGAGGAGAGCAGAGAGUGACCCUUCCUUCCCUCCAACCUUUCCUCCUCUGAGUGAGCUGUAUAAAUUGAGAUCAUCACUGUAAUAGUCUUAGCGAGAUAAUUUAAUUUAGCUCCUGCUUCGCCCUCAAUUUCUUCACAUCUGUCUUUACGGUGUGUGUGGACUGAUGCCUAUGAGUAACUUUGUCAACCAGAAACAAUGGAGGCUAUAAAAUUUAAAGGCUGAUGAGUUGGUGUGGUUAAAUAAGUUAGUCUAAUGUUUCUUUUGGUUGACACUUACACUUUCUUCGGGAUGUCAGACAAGAGCCAAAUGUAGUUGUGAAGCAUUUCCACACUGAAUAUGGUUUCCCUCUCGUCUGUUCCUGCAUUGUGUCGCUAACAUUGUCUGCCUAUGUUUGCACAUAUAUAACUUCCCUCACUCCGAGUUUAAUAGAGAGCCCUGCUGAAAUAUUCAUAGUGUCACAUUAAGUUUGCAAUAUUUGCACUGGAAAACAACCAGAAUACAACCGGAGCUACCAACAACAUUACUACCACUCAGCUCGGCCUUUGGCAUGACAGAGUGUCAUAUGUGGAGGCAGCCGAAGAGGGAGAUCAGUCUUUGUUUAGAAGCAUUAGUAAGUGCUGCAGAUGAGCAACCAGGUCAGCGAGCUUGUGCAGCGAUCGGGCUUGAGUGUGUGGAUUUUUCUUUUUCUUUGACUUUCGCAGUCUUGUUCUGGAGAUAAGAAAACUGGAAUAGACCAGAAUAUCCCUCUGUGUUUGGGUCUCUAAUUUGUCUCAGUGCCAAAAAAUAUUAGUCUAGACUUUCAUCCUGGGCAUGUGCAUUCAGUCUUUUUGAGGGAAAACUAAAAAUGAGAACACAGAGAGUUAGGAGAGUGGAAAUGCAAACUUAUACUGGAGGUUUCUAUUAUACUAUGCAUUAAAGAUGAUGCAAACAUCUGAAAAAGACCCUGAAAAAUGCAUCUGUAGCUUUCAGCAGAGAUGUAAAAAACACUCGGUCCAUGGCCUUUUGGAGUUCAUUGUUUCUCCUGAUUUUUAUGUAUAACCACAGCCUCAGAGUAAGAAGCAAGCUACGGUUGAUGGAGAUUAUGCCUGAAUUAAAAUGCUGAAACAUGAUAGUUGUGUUACAUCAGUGUGGCCUUAGGCUUUGUUUUGGCUUCUUGUAAAGUGAGUGUUAGUCAUCUUUCAUAGUCAUUUUCUGAGAUUUUCCUCACUGUUUUUUUUAAUUUUUUCCCUUUUUAAACACGCAUUAUUUCUCCUGAUAAUACAAUCAUCCAAACACGAUGUUUCCAGUGGAAUUCCUUGAGAAACAGUCUUUUUUUAACGUCAUCAUGAUUGAUUUCGAUGAUGAUUUUGGUAAUAAUGCCAGACUGGUGUGCUGUCAUCUCGUUCUAUGAGCCUGAUUUACAUCAUUGAUGGUGAGGCAUGUGGAAAUGUCGGCUCUAUUUUUUCUGCGUCAUCAUUGUUUAAGUGAGCUAUAUUAGCUUUCCGUCUCAGUGUUAUUGCUUUGUGCUUCAGAGAACAAUAUACAUUACUCAUAUGGCUCAGACAUAGACAGCAUUGCUUAUUUCCCUCAUGAAUAUGUGUGCACAAAGAGACACACACACACACACAAAAAUACACACACAGCAAGAUGACGGCCGUGCUCAAUAAACAAGCAGAGUGCUACACGCAUGUGCUGACAGGAAGUGUAUUGAUGAUGUUGGAUUAGCGAGAGAAGGGGCAAUAAAUGGACAGUGGCUGUCAGCGAUGAGGAGAUGGAGAUAACAGGAAGGAGAGAGCGAUGGAGACAGUCAGGGGAGUGAAAAGAAAAUGUAUGCCUGUGCUGAUGAUGGAAUGAUGUGUAUAAGAAAGUGUAAAGAAAAUGAGACGGAGCAGAGAGGACACAGGAAGGUGCAGGACAUAAAAAAAGGGGAAGGGAGGUAUUGCGUGUUGAGUUUACGAGGCAUGAAUAGAGUCUUCAUUGAUCCAGAGACAGAGGCCAUCAUUCCUGCUCAGUGAGCACAGCAUCUAUGGGGAGAGAGAGAGGAAGGAGAGAUCAAGGGAGAGAUAGGACCGUGUCAGGGAUGAGGUGAAAAGCGCACACAUUAGCAGAUGUGCAGGAGCAGCAUCAUUGUAGUACAUUUAAUUUGUACCUUUUUGGCUUGGUGUUUUCAUUUCCAUGUCCAUUUUUAUAUCUCCACUGAAACAAUGCCAACAUAUUUAAAAAGCACUUGCACUUCUUUUGGGUUUAUAUACAGAUUUGAGUUCAUCCUUGUGCUUUCUCAAGUUACUGACAGGGCUGCAACUUCUAGAUUUCAUUUGGCACUUUUGGAUACGAGUUCAUAUGCAGUACAACUGGCCCAUACAGGACAUGAACUAUCCAAACCUCUGCUCCCUAAACUUCUGUUCCAGUCCAAGUUGCUGCUACCUGAACUUUGAAACAUGAAUCAUAGUUUCAUGAAGCCUUGGAUCAUUGUUCAGUUCAUGUGAUGUUUUGUCAACGGAUUUUGUUUAACUACAUAAUUAAACAAAAUCCGUCUAGAGUUAGCGUUAGUUAGCACUACAAUUACUUGUCAGUUUAACAAAUUAUUACUUUGUUUAUUACUGUAAGCCACGUUGUGCCAGUGAUUUAUUUAGUCAGAGCUGCAAUACAGCCAUCCACCCCUAUUCAGUGCUGUAGCUCUGGUUAAUAGCUGCUCCUAUAAUUCUGUACUACCAGGAUAUAAACAGGCACAGAUGACAGUGACAUUAACCCAACUUUUUGUGUUUAAAAUAUUUAUUACUAAAGCAACUGCACUGUUAUGAUUGUAUGCAUAUCUCACUUGAUUGGUUAGCUAGCUUGUAGGGCUAUUAGAUUUUCAAAAAAUCAACUUCUAACAAAUAUUGAACAUGGCAUGCAAACAUUCAAAUACGUUUGAAUUUUGCAGUCUUAUUGGUAAGGGCCUUUGCUAAAAAAAGGGGCAUAUUGGGUUUAACACCUGCCAUUGUACUGCUGCUCGUCUGUGGUGCGUCUCCCUCCUCACGUGGCUGGCAAGCUAUCAGGUGAUGAGUACAACAAGCUGCUUCAUACUAAGUGGACAUACAGCCCUAUCUUUGUCUCUCAUUUAUCCAUCUAUCUAUGGUGUAGAUCCCAAAAUACUUCCCUCGUCACGCUUCUUAGAUGUUUCAGUGUUUUUGUCCACUCAGUGUAUCUUUUCCUUAACCAUGUCCUCCAUUUUUGUAGAACAACAUGACUGUAUUAGAUUACUGAGGUCAAGAGUGCAUGGAUUGGUCAGGUUACGAUCCGAGGGCUUUCUGCUGGAUCACACGGUAGGCAUCAGGCAGUGAUGCACAUAUGUAACGUCCCUCAAUGAUGUUGACAGGGGACUGUUCUAUGUGUUCACAGCACAAAACUUAUCACAAGUAGAAUAAAAUAAAACUCUGUAUGUUUUGAGAUGAUUUGUUGAGAAAAUCACAGUUCUGAAAUUAAUGUUUUGGUAGCCAACAUAAUGAGCUAUGCAUGCUGUGUGUGUAGUGUUCUUCCAGUUUUACAUUCCAUGUGAGGAUUUGGAUUUGACACAUAUUUAUAUUGGUGUGCAUCUGGAAUAAGGAUAUAUUGAGCAAUUUCCAUCCAUGAUACGACCGAGUCAUUAUUUGAUCAACUUAUCAAUUUAAAACUAACAACUUUAAGUUACGUUUUCAUCAAUUUAUUACAACUAACUACAGUUGAUCUGGUCUCUGUUAGUUUAAUCAACACCAUGCAUUCAAAAGAGGGUAAUAAAGAUGUGAAAAUGUAUUGUAUGCAUUUUGGUGGAGAUAAUAUUAUAAAAUUCUGAUUUAAAAGAGUAGGACACUGUUCAAAGAACUGCAUGUAAUUGAAAGUAGUGGAAGCAGACAACAUGUUCUUUGGAAAUCAUGGACAACAUGUCCUGUCCUCCGUAGAGGACAGGGACCACUCUGCCUGCUGUUGGUAAACAGUUCAGAAGCAAGUCACAGUAAACUGAUUUUGGAACAACAUCCAGGUGGAAGAUUAUGGCUGCAGCCUCUAUUAAUAUCCCACUGAAAUCAUUCAAUGUAUAUCAAAAUGAUAAAUACAUGAGAGCAGACCCUGAACUGUUGAGCAGCUGAAAUCCUACAUCAGAAGAGAAUAGGACAACAUUUCACUUUCAAACCUCUGGAGUUGGGUUUCCUUGGUUCACAGUGCUGAUGAUGCAACACAAACACAACCCUCGUCCCAUUAAAAAAACAAGGGGGUUGCUGGCAUCACAAUACAAAACAAGAAUACAUUAAAAAAAAUCAGUUUCAUCAUGCUGAUGUUUUUGCACUGUUUUGAUUCAAAUGGGCUUUAAAUGAUUUGCAAACUAUCAAAAAUAUGUUUUUGUAAAUAUUUUAAAGAGCAUUUAUAUUUUUGAAUAGAUUCUGAUCGAUGUUUUUAUAAGAUGUUCUUUUUGAAAUGAAGAUUUUCUCAUUUUUGUAAUAAAUUGAAUGAUCAUAUACUGUAUGCUAUUUAUUUCCAUGCUGUUCAGCUUUGAUAUGUUCUUUUCCUACAUCGUUAGUACCCGGUAUGACAGCAGACUCAAUGAUGACAACAUAGGUACUAAGGUUACAGCAGCAGACAGCCUGUGUUUAUCUACAGGGAGGAUGUGUGAGGGAAUACUGAGAGGAAUGAUGCAGCACAGGAGCAGGCAGAUGCCAGAGAAGCAGGCAGUGAACAACAGGAGAAGGAGGUGCAGGACAUCGUGUCUCUCAGUAAAACUCCUCCCCUCCUCUGUGUGGUGUUGUGACAGCUCUGCCCGAACUCCGACACUCACUCACAGACUGCUACAGAUGGAGGGAGGGAGGGAGGGAGGGGACAGGGGGAGCAUGAAGUGAAUAUAACCCAAAGCCAUAAAAGACGAGCAGCUAGGGAGAAAGUGCAACACAGCAGAGGAGAAUAGAGAGAGACAGGACAGAGGCAUGGAGAGAGUGAUAGAGACAUUCAGACUAGUUGACUCAGUCUUAUGAUGUCACUUCUUGUAAGGAGUGUGUAUCGAGCUGUGCUGACGUGCUUCAGCCGGCAGUGGUGACUAAUGCCACGGUUCCAAGACUUUAAACAGUCAAUACACAUGGAUCAGGAGUGAUGCCACACAAUUGUGAUAGGGAGGCCAUGGGGAGCGGAUGCUUAAGAUAUAUGACAGUUAAGAAAAUAGAUGGAAAAGGGAGAUUCACUUAUUAAAACCAUGUAACCAAAUGUACAACUAAAACACAACAAAGUCUUCACAUCAAUGGGUAACUUGACAAAUGCAGGCAAAAAGCGUGAACAGCACGGUCAGGCGGAAGCGGCUCUACCCUGCUCCAGCUAGUCACCUGCUAGCUUUAGCUCACGUUAGCCUGAGUCACACGUUACAUGACAGAAGUGGCGUAUUUUUAGCCCGUGGCUCUAACCUUCACUCUUUGCUGCUUGGGAAACAUCUUUUUUUCAUCGCCCUGUGCAGUCCUCAGUACUCCUCACAAUGUGGAAAAAUGUCUUAACCAUUUUGGGGUCUUGAGUGUUCAAUGUGGCAAACAAUGACAGUCGCCAUUUUUACCUCCUUCCUUAAUAAAAGUCACAGCAUGAAGAUGUAAAAUAUUUAUUCCUGUUAAUGUCGUUUGCUGCAGUAUUAAUUGUUUAAUGAUUUCUUUUAUCACAAAAUUACACGUCUUGUUAACCAUAUUAGUUGUCAUCUCUCACUACAUUACCAGAGAUCAAAGUCGCACAGUGCCGUAUAAAUGUGUCCUGUUCUUGUCUUGUAAAAGUACAACGGAUGCCAGAGAGAGACACAGAUGGCGGUGACAUUUUUGUCUCACCAUAGAGGGACAUGAUGAUGAUGAAGAUAAUGUGUUCUUGUUACCAGGUGGCCUUGGAGCAGACACAGAGGAGCGGUUGGUCGAGCAUCUCCUGAAUCCAGCCCAUUACAACAAACUAAUCCGACCUGCGACUAAUGGGUCUGAGUUGGUCACCGUGCAGCUGAUGGUGUCGCUGGCCCAACUCAUCAGUGUGGUGAGUGUGAACACACCAGAUUAUGUAUUUAAAUGUGUGUGCACCUUUUAGCAACAAAGGAAAAUGAAGUAUUUUUAUUUCAUUUACAGGGCAUAUACUUUAGCGUGUUGAUGCGUUCGGCCGCCAAAUUUUCUUUUUCCUUUUUUAACGUUGAUUUAUACUUUAAGACUGAUGUCCUCACCUCCAUGCCAGCUGCUCUCCCUAAUGCAAGUCUUAAUUAACCAGAAAUUAGAAAUGAAAAUUGUAACAAAAAUUUUGACAAAAUACAUUUAUUUGUCAAUAUUGCAUUACGUCGAGUGAGUUUUAAAUGUCGGCGCUGCUGUGUGUGAAAGAUAGUUAGAGACGCCAAGCGACGCCUUACGUUGCUUCUGAUUGGUUUAUAUUGCAUGGUGCCUUCCAUGGUUGGUUAGUAUUCGAGUAACCUCUGAAGUCAGACGUCGGAGCUGAAAUUGACGCACACCUGAGUUCCCAGUGUUUCAGGUACCAAGUCAGAAAAAAAGCAAAGUCGGAGGCGGAUACAAGAUGGCUACACCUAUGAAAGUUAUUUUAGUUAGUUGCCUUAUAUUCCGACAAGGCAAGCGCUAAAAUAACUUUCGUAGAUGUAGCCAUCUUGUUUCCGCCUCCGAUUUUGCUUUUUUCUGUAACUCGGGUGUGACGUCAUUUUCAGCCCGGACUUUCUGACUUCUGAGGUAACUCAAACGCAGCAUAUAGGCACAAAGGACUGAUGGAUUAGGCUGGGAUUGGUUAUCUCGGUCAUUCAGUCAGAGUUACUCGAACUGCGGCAAGCCAAGUUUAUUAUCAUGAAAAAAAAAAAAAACAGAGUAUUGAAUGGGGAAAAAUAAGUGUAAGAAAUGUCAAGUGUGGCGUGUGGUGUGAGAAUGGGUCAAACUGCAUGACUGUCACACUCAAAGCGUGAGGCUUGGCAGCUCUGCAUGUAAAAGGAUUCCAAAUAUGAUGACUCUUACAUACAAGAAGGUUUUACAAAAGAUAAUCUCUAAUGCUGAUCAACCGUUGCUGUUUAGGAGAGAAAAAUGCUCUUGAUUCUGCAAACAACUCUCGUGGUUAAAGCUGAGAAGUAAAACUGUGUAGUGAUGCAAAUCCCAGGAAACCCCGUGUCAGCUCCUUUAUCGUAUGGCCUGAGUUUCACCCGGAUCUCUAUUCAAAGCAUGUCUCCAUUAAAGGCAGACACACAAGCAUUCUGUUAAUUCUAUAGAAUAACAAGUAGAGGUGCUUUAUGCCGAGGCCAGCGGAUAACCUUCAGUGAUAGAGAGAUGUGCUGGCAGAGAAAAAACACUUUAUAUGUGAAUGAAUGACCAAAACUACAAGUCAGACUAUCAUGACAGUGUUGUGCUGAGGUGAAUCAUCAUCAUCAUCUGAGCAGUGCACUUGUUAUGUACUUCUGAAACACAUAUAUUCCUCAUUCUGAACAUACAGUUUUGCUGCAGAAACAUUUCAUCAUGGUUUUAUGUACAAAUAUCAUAACAGCAGCUUGAUUUCAGACCCUGCUUCUGCAGAGUUUGGAUGUUUUGAGAAUAAAUUCUUACUUGUUGGUAGUCUCCUUUUCUUGUUUGCCCAUGAGUCAAAUUCAGCUUUAAUUCAAACGUUAAUAAUUUGUCAUGUUACAUUUCUACACCAAGUAGAAUAAAACCAAUCAUUCUGUUUUCCUGCUGAUGGUCAUACAAAAGAACAAACUUGUAUAUUUCGCCGUGUAGGAUCCACUGUUUCUGACUCUCAACUCAGUAUUUUGGGACUAAAAUCGGCAAAACUCGGCUUGUUUUUGUCGGACUGUUCAGUGUGCAGAAAUGACUCACUGAGGUUUCCCUAUGAUUAUUUAUUUAUUUCUAAAUGUGUUCCUCCUUUUUUGCAGCAUGAAAGAGAACAGGUGAUGACGACCAAUGUCUGGUUAACACAGGUGAGGCUUUCUAUUUAUCUGCUUGUUUUACUGCUGAAUACAGUCAACUUCCUGUCAGCCUGAUAAAAUGUGAUUAAGUGAGAGAGCGUUAAAAAAGGCAAAAGAGCAGCAGUUUGACUUGGGAUUGAUUUGACUGUAAUUUUAUAGUGUUUCCUGGUCAGUGGAGGUAAAUAACAAGAUACUUGACAGUUGUGAAAUAUAGUAAAUAUGACAUUCAUACUGUAUGUGAGUGUUGAUGUUUGUUACAUAAUCAUAGGCCAGAGUGUUUUUGAACCAGCAGACCAUACUGGAGCAACCGAGCAGCGGAGUAGUCAGCAGAGGAGAAAUAAUGCCUCUUUUUAUUCUAUGUUUCACUGGUUGUCGCCGGCAGAGAGUUUGAUCCUGCGUCCUUUUAUGCAGAGCCGUGAAAAGUAACAUGGCUGAGAGAGACAUCAAAUCGUACACGCCCCUGUAAAAACAAAUCUGACAUCAACGAUAUGACAAGUGCGUUGAAAUGUAUGAGAUCAAAGCUGUCCCAAAAAAAAAAAAAGAUAACUCAUGAUGUGUUUCUCAGUUUGGAGCUCAGCCUGCUCUGUGUUUUGCGUGAGACGUAUUAUAACCUGUGAAAUCUGAAUUAUGUGCCUCUGACUGGGCUGUGACCCUUCUUUACAUAUGACUGGCUUAUCAUACAUUUCCAGCUGAGCUCUGUUACAUGGUUGAACAUGUAGGUGUGCACAUUUACACACACUAAGUAUACAAAUAUAUCCACCUACCUACACUGGUGACAUAUGCCUUUGCUUUUGAGAGCAGGUGUUAAAACAAACACGGAGGCAUAUGUUCAGUUUGGAUGAAGACAAAUCGAAUGACAGUUGGGUGAAGCCUUUUACAUAGUAAAUAUAGAGGUUUCUAUCUUCCUUAACGCACAAACAUAUACACACACGCACCGACAAACACUUGCAUCUAAGUAGGGUAGGAUCUAUGACAUGUAAUGGAGCAUAGAAUGGCCAUCAGCGCUCUAUGGAUCCCUUGGUAAAGGUAAGUAGAGGAGCCAAGGACAGCUGCCCCGAGCUGUAACACACAGUAAUGACAACAAUGCAUCACAGUUACUGCAGACUGCCUAGCAUGUGCCGCGCAGCUCUAACAUGACAUACAGGCAGCAGACAGAGCGGCUGUCAAUGACCAGCCCAUUACAGGGAGAACAAGAUAAUGCUGUCUUUGACUAAAGGUUACACAGAGGACGUGGCUGAUGCACAAACCUGACGUGGACACAUUUUGAUUAUGAUGAUUGGUUUGUGUCUGGGUACUUUUUGUUUUUUUUGUGAAAGGGUCAACAUGAGUGCUUCACUCUCUCUUUGAUGUCGAGUUUGAAAUAUGAUGUAAGAAGGACAGACAGCACAGGAUGUUCCUCAGGCUGACGUAGCUCCUGAUGUGUCAUAUUGACCACCAACUAGCUGACAGACGGAUAGACAGACAGACAAACGGACAGACCUCUCUUUUAGGAUGUUUCCCUGCUGCUGUGUGAUUGGUGGAAAAGUGACUAAGCACUUUCUUCUUAUUGGCCCUCAGGAGUGGCAGGACUAUCGUCUGACUUGGGUCCCUGAGGAGUUUGAUGGAAUGAUGAAGGUCAGACUGCCCUCAAAACACAUCUGGCUUCCUGACGUGGUUCUCUACAACAAGUGAGUCACUCCGCUCUCAGAGUCCUGGCCCCCCAUCUCGGAAAGCAUGUCGACCUGCACAUGCAUGUAUGAUCAUUAAACGUACGCGGAGAGAGCCUAUGCAAUGUUCAUAUUAAACAAAUAGUGUUUUAAAUCAAACUCCCAGGUGUUUUUGCUCAGCUGCCACCACCUCCGUCACUUUAAAUAAGAACAUCUAUUACAUGUCGGAGGUUAUAAAUGCAGGCAGCCACACAUGACUGAAUCUGUCUGCUGGAAUCUGCUCACAUCACUCAUGCUAUGUUACUAUACAGUACCUCCAGGUCUCACGAGACACUUCAAAGAUGGAGUCAUCUGCACUCCACACACUCACAUGAACUAAUACUUGUACAGUAGAUGUGACACUGAAGUUGCACACAUUUGACAUCUCCUCCUCUUUUUAAAAAAAAAAAUGUUCCUGCGUGCAAAAACGCCUCACAAACAACUAUCUCUGAAUUGUCAGGGUCUGCACUCAGGGCUACUUUUGCUGUUGCUUUCUUAUCGCCGACAUCAAGCACAGUUUUUGCAUUACUCCAUGUGAAAUAUGCAGUCCGCUAUACUUGCAGUGUAGGCUGGGAUGAAUCCAUAAGGGGGCCCCAGGGACAAACAUUUGCUUUGAGCUUUUAUUGAUCCCCAUCCACAGCUCGAUCCAUUGUGUGUUGUGUACUGUUUGCAUCCUUUCACCUCCAAGUUCCCAUCUGGUUCAAACAAAAACACACAGAGAAACAGGUUUCACUGAGUGCACUACAGGCACGAAGGAAAGACUCAAAUGCAGAUAAAUGCACAUGGACAGGUGACUAUGGUUUGAAUCAACCAUGCAGUAAUUUUUAAACAGUAAUCUAAUCCAACUGCAUGUUCAGUUCAAUUAAUCAAAAUGAUUCUCGUUAGGUCUUAAUCAUACUCUGCAUGUCUGAGGGAGGUAAGGAUGUUGUGGACCACUCGUCUCAGUGUAAUGGAAACUCAAGUGUCAGCCUACCGUAUGCAAAUCAGCUGAUCAGAGCACUGUGAUCUGUCUAUCUGGCCUUCUCCUCUUUCCCUGCCUGUGUCUUUCCCUUACCAAAGACUAAAAGAUCCCUGACCCUCUGAGCUCUGGGUAAAAUGAUCACGCUAAUCCCACAAACCCCAGAUCGACAGGAUAGAUCCUCCGAGUCUCUAAACAAGAGAUUAUCUCAAGUUUGAUUUUGGAGGAGAUUCUGAUGAGCACAGGGACUUGACCGUCUCUUUAAGCAGAUGAGGCUCUGAGUCAAAAACUUCUAAUCAAUUACCGAUUUAAGUCAUCUGUCAAUAUUAGCCAUCAUUAAGUUGUUCUCUUGCUAAAGUCUGUCAUGAAAUGGAAAUCGGAUCUACAACUUUAAUGUUGUCAGCUGACUUCCAACCCGAGUGUCUAAUUUGAGCUGUCGAACUCGACCCGCUGUGACCUGAGAGCCACGGUUCCUGUCUAGACUGCAAAAUCCUCCUAUUUCUCCUGUUUUUGAGAGCAGGUGUGUGUGUGUGUGUGUGUGUGUGUGUGUGUGUGUGUGUGUGUGUGUGUGUGUGUGUGUGUGACCAAGCUGACCUGAAGUAGUUCAAGUCUUCACUCUUUCACCGUCACUUUGAUGUGUGUGUGUCCUCGAGCUCUUUAAUAACCUGUGUUGCAUAAUAAGAUGCGUCAUGUUUGGCAGUCCGGUUGACUCAGGGGGAACGAGGCCUCUCAUUAGCCAUCCUGUUUAAAAUGUUGUUUUUUAAUUAAAUCUUCUCACAAAGGUCUGACUCUCCUCCUUCUAUUUUUUCCUGUCUCAUCGUAACCCCUCCUUCCUGUCUCACAGUGCUGAUGGCGUGUACGAGGUGUCGUUUUACUCCAACGCCGUGGUAUCCUACGACGGCAGCAUCUUCUGGCUGCCCCCGGCCAUCUAUAAGUCAGCCUGUAAGAUUGAGGUCAAGCACUUCCCCUUCGACCAGCAGAACUGCACGCUGCGCUUCCGCUCCUGGACCUACGACCGCACUGAGAUCGACCUGGUGCUGCGUGCUGAUGUGGCCAGCAUGGACGACUUCACGCCCAGCGGUGAGUGGGACAUCAUCGCCCUGCCAGGCAGACGGAACGAGAACCCCGCCGACCCCGCCUACGUAGACAUCACAUAUGACUUCAUAAUUCGCAGGAAGCCUCUUUUCUACACGAUCAAUCUCAUCAUCCCGUGUGUGCUCAUCACCUCGCUGGCGAUCCUGGUCUUCUACCUGCCGUCUGACUGCGGGGAGAAAAUGACGCUCUGCAUCUCUGUGCUGCUCGCGCUCACUGUGUUUCUGCUACUGAUCUCCAAGAUUGUCCCGCCCACUUCACUGGACGUCCCUCUAGUGGGGAAGUACCUGAUGUUUACCAUGGUCCUCGUCACUUUCUCCAUCGUCACGAGUGUGUGUGUGCUCAACGUACACCACCGCUCUCCUACCACACACACUAUGCCCCCCUGGGUUAAGCUGGUCUUCCUCAACAAGCUCCCUGCGCUGCUCUUCAUGCGGCAGCCCAGAAACAGCUGCGAGCGCCAGCGGCUACGCCAAAGACGGAGGGCUCAGGAACAGAAGGAGGGUGGGCGCAGCGGGGAGGCAGGGGCCCUGAUGGUGGGGCUGGGGCUGGGCGGUGCAGGCGGGAAUGGAGGGGGAGCAUCCACGGGAGUGUUCGGCAAGGAGGACAGUGACCCUUGCACUUGCUAUGUGAACCGGGCGUCGGUGAAACAGUUCGGAGGGGAUCUGGGUGGAGCAGGAGGAGGGUCCAUGGACGGGCUGAACAGGGUGAGGGAGGGCCGGGAAGGGGGGUCUGGAAACGUGCCACGGGGGAAGCCAGCAGGAGGAGGCACCGCUCUGACUCAGGCCCUGCUGGCUCAAGCCUGCCCGGGCUUCGAGGAGGCCGUGGAGGGAGUACGCUUCAUCGCCAACCACAUGAAGAGUGAGGACGAUGAUCAGAGUGUGAGUAUUAUAUAAACUGUCUGAUACAGUCAAGAGCGUUAGUUACAGUCUGAUUGUUCCGAGUCUGACCAGCUCUGGACACUUCUGUUUGAUAGCAAUACUGGCUAAAACCUCAAGUCUUUACAGUGACCUUAUAAUGUAAAGAUCGAAUAUCAAAAUCUCUGUCAUUACAGCCGUCAAAUCUCUGAUCAUUACAAGCCCAAGUGAAGAUUUUUCAGAUAGAGUUUAACUUUGAGGGUUUAUUAGCAGGAUGAUGGUAGACGAGUGUUGACUUUGAUUUAAAAGAGUCCUCAGAGUUAAAGUAGCGGUCAGAAUCACCAGAGAGGAAUCAGAGCCGAGUCAUCAUUACUUGAGUCUCAGUCCAGUCCUCAUUAUCAGCAUUCCUUUUUUAUUAUAAGGAGGGGCGCUGUCACAUCAAACCACUAACUGUAUGUACUUAGUCUGACUGUGUGAGGCCUUUUUGGGUGCGCAGAAAAGAAAUUUAAUGUCUUAACAUUCUGACAUUCUAACACUGGUGAUCCUGUCACCGGUGUGGAAAAUGUCUGUGAAGUUAGUGCAGUUUGUUGUGCAUGAGUGUGAACCGAACCUCUGCAAAUGGGGAUAUGUACUCGUUGAUUCUGGUUGAAGGGGGGGUCAUAUACAUUCAGCUCACUCACUAUCUAGCAGAAUUUUAUUUUUUUUAACUUAAUAAUAUUUUUAUUAGUUUUAUACAUAUUAAUACAGUACAAUUCUUGAAAGAGCACAAGAUACAAAGGAAACACAUCACAAACACCCCCUUUCCCUCAAAACCAUGUCUACUGCUGGAUAUUCCUAUUACUUUGCUUAAAUAACAGAUUCUGGAGCUAAAACAAAAAUAAUAAUUAAAAAGAAAAAAGUCGGGUUUUCAGGUUUUGUAGAUCUUGAAAUAUAUAAGACGUUGAGAAAUAAAAAGUAAAAAGAGAAUAAGUUAAGUGAACUACUGUAGGUUAAGAGAAGUACAUACGUAUGUAGACAAGUCGCUGAAGAAUUUUAUUAUUAAGAUCUGCCUUAAAUGUUUGAAAUGUUUGAGUUUUAAGUCCAUCUAAAAUUUUUCUGCCCUUUAUGUAAUUUUAACUCAGCGAGACAUUUUGCUGAAUUGUUGCACAUCCGUAUCAUGAUAAGCAAAGUCUUCGUAAAUUUGAAUUUGGAUUUGGAUUUUGGAUUUAUUUCGGUAUAAAAUGACCGAAAGGGUGUAGGCAGAAGCAAUGCUUAUAAAGACUUACCCCUUAUACCGUACAUUAAGUACAUUAUACAGAUACACUCUUCAUACAAAUAUCAACACUUCAAUAUAUAUUCACUUUUCAAAUCAGAUAGAGUAAUAAACAGGCUUUACACUUUACAUUAAUAAUUUACAAUAAAUCAACAGGCAUCAUUGUCUCUACAGUGUUAAGAAAUAAAAUUAUUCACCCCUUUUGCAAACACACAAAAAAUUUUGACAUUUGUUCGCGCUUUCGGUUUCUCAAAUAAUACACGGCCUCUUAGGUUGUAAUUAGCGUCCCUCAGUUUAAACAGGUUCUGGACAUGUUAGGUUUUUGGCUUUGUACAGGAUUUGUAUUGUGAUGUAGUCUACUAGGUCUUUGAAUUUUAAAAAUUUAAAGAAAUAAAUAGGAGAUGAGUUGAUUCAGAGUAAUGUUUAUUGCAGAUGAUUCUUAUGGCUCACUUUUUGCAUCUUGGACCCGGUGGUUGAGUCACUUUAGUUGUGAACAUUAUCAUUUACAGCCUCAGUCAACAUGCUUACUUUUCUUAGUUUUCUGUGUUCAUCCUGGACCGAUGUCUGUUGAAAGUUUGAGCUCUCCCAUCUCUCCUUUGAUUCGCUCUUUCACAUACUGAGCAUGUUGCACCGUUCUUGUACAUUUUGGCAGGAACUGUUGCUGAACAAGAUGAUACGAGCACACACAUGCAGGUGAACACACGUGUCAGCUCUCACUAGAAACAAUUAAAAAAACUUGCACAAAAAUACAUCAGUUUCCUCCCCUGCAUCUUCCAAGUCUUAAUGCAAUCAAUGCUCGGGUCAGGUCAUGCACCCCGAGAAGCAGAACUCCAGUACUACAACGCUGACUUCAACACAAAUGUGUAAAAAGGGAAAGGUGUUGUUCACAUCCUCAAGCCCACACAGGAUUAUAACAUGACUUUGGCAUUAGCGCUUCGCUCGCUGGUUGGGUUUCAUGACCUCCUGCAUUGUCGCUUUUCUCUUGAUCCAAACUCCAAACUCAAAAGAAGGGAUAUUUUUGGUUUGGUGGACGGUAAAAUGCAUUCACAUGUGAGAAUAAAUUUUGGACUUAAGCUACUUGGCUGCCAGAGACACAAAUUCUUAUUGUACUAUAACUUCUAGAUGUGUAAAUAGGCAGCUAUUAGCUUUCAUCAUCCCCUUAUCAACUGAGAGAGAAAGCGGCCUUUUUGUUCUUCUUUGACUAAGGUUCUGGGGUUUAUGUAUGGAUAACAAAAGACAUCAAUUUUUAUUCCAGGCAACACUGUAAAAGUGAAAUUUACAAGCAGGUGAUGGUGCCAGUAAAUCCAAAUAAAUCCUUUGUGCCGCAGCAGUCUACUGCUUUACAGUUUCCUGCCAACAACACAGAUACAUCUGUGAUUAACAGAUGUCAACUUAAAACGCCAGUCUGCUCAUGUUCUACUCGGGCACUUCGUAAAUUGAAGUGCGUGUCUCUGAGUGUCUUCAACCCCUGUGUGAAUCAUCCUAUGUUAUGCGCAUAUGGUAGCGACCAUAAAGCUACCACAGGUCUAUCCGCUCAGUGUCAUGCUCUUGUAAUCGUGAUGAUGAGACGUUAUAGCCGAGCAGUUCACGUCUGCCAUUGGAAACGCAUAGGGAACCACAGCAGAGCGUGAGCGAAGGAGACAGAUCCGGUGACGCAAUCGCAGCCCUCCUGAAUAUUCAACGCAGACAUGUAAUUAUAGCAGCAGGAUGACGUGAGCGAAGAGAACGAGCACAACUGGAAGAGAGAAGCCGAGACAGAGUGAGGGUGGCAUGUUUUAUUGCUCUCCCCUCAAGGCAUCUUAGGAGAUCAGCCUUUGCUCCUAGAAUGAAAGAAACUAACACGGGAAUUCACAAUCCUCCAGAACUCUGUCCGUCUUACGCGUAGUAACCAUCCCGUUACCGUGACAACAGCUUUAUAAUCCCUCCCUCUCUUGGCACGGCACACGGCCCGUCAGAUCCACCUCCUUUUACUCCUUCUCCCCAAGCCAUCAUCAGCCGGGGUCACAGAGUCAGCACACCCUCCGUCUCUCAAGCCCUCCAUCACUCAGCCUUGCUCGUCCCUCACGUCCUCCGUGACUUGAGCGUGACCUCAUCAGAGCUGUGCGGCACAACCAGUCUCCGCUCACAUUAACCUUUCACCUCCAUUAACCCCCCCCCCCCCCCCACCCCCCACCCCCCGCGUAGGGAGAGGCAGGGGAAGAGAUAGAACGAACGAGACGAUGUGUGGAAGUGUGCCUCUGCUCACCUUAAUCUUUCUUUUCCCUUUGUCCGUCUCCGUCCACAGGUGAGCGAGGACUGGAAGUACGUCGCCAUGGUGAUCGACCGCCUCUUCCUGUGGAUCUUUGUGUUUGUGUGCGUCUUUGGCACGAUGGGUAUGUUCAUGCAGCCACUCUUCCAGAAUUACACAGUCAAGACCAUCACAAGCUCACCUGGCUGACCACUCCUACAGCCACCAAACACGCUGACGGACAGCUCCCCUGACCAAUCAGCACAGCAGGACAUGAGCCGGCGGCGGCGGUGGUGGUGGGGGGACUGGUCUGAUCUGGGUUUUAUCAUGUCUAUUUGGACUGGAACCAGAACUGGAACUGAACAGCAAUCACGCCCAUUACCUUUAUAGUACUGAUUUUUGCAACGAACAACCGUUUUUCUUGUAUGAAGACAAAGGAAAACACCAUCAUCUACUCUUACCUGCAGUUUUGUCCAGAUAUUUCAUAGACUGACCUCCCCCUUUUCUGGCGGACAGGUCCCCUCUCUCCCUGUUCUCCUCUUCAGCCAAUCAGGGAGCGAGGAUGCUCUGAUUCACUUCUUGUCAAACUUCACGCCAGCCAAUUUUCUCGCUCGAUGCUUGAUGGACACAUGACAUGCCCGCCUUUAACUGCAGCGUUACUCAUUCAUGACAUUGACUCUGAUAUCAGUGUGAAGGGGGGGAGGGGAGGUCCAGAUCAAGGUUGUUAUACAUUCAUUUUAUUUUUUCAGAAAUCUCCUUAUGUCGGUGAACUGAUUCAGUAUAUUUUAUCAUAGCAUUACAACUUACCACAGUAUAGCAUUAGGAAUAUAUUAUUAAGAUUUCUCUAUGUGUUAGCUCAUGCAAGGGUCUGCUACCGAUAGAGAGGCUAUGACGUGUUGUAUGAUUGUAUAGAUUAAACAAGAAUGUGAUAUAAACUGUGUUACACAGCCUGUGAUGCGCACACUAACACAUUCUGUGUACAGGCAACAGAUCGCAGAGGAAAAUACUUGGAGGAGAGAUGAAAUUAAAGAGAGAGCCAGGUUGUGUUAUUAGAUGUAAGUCAUGGGGAUAAAGUCAUAGAUUAUGCAUGGACAGUUUUUUGCUUAGAGAGUUGUGCACAUUAAGUUGAGAGCAGCAGAAGCAGCAGCAGCCCGCUGUGCCCGAGUGCUCAGCUGCAGUCGGAUGAGUUUAGCUCCAGAGAAACUGAGGAAUCUGAGCCAAGAUGGCCGGUAGGACAUCCUGUAUGACGAACAGUGAUAACAGGAGUCUUAAAGAUGGAGCGAAGAUCAGUGCUGGAUCGUGUAAAUCAAAUUAUUUUGAUAGAUAGAUAAACGGGAAUUCUAUCAUGGGAGCUAAAGUAUUAUGUGUAUUAAUAUGUAAUUUCAUAUUUCAGUAUGUAUCUUUCAGAGCAUAUGUAUACAAGUAUGUGUGCGCGUGUGUGUGUGUGUGUGCGUGUGUGUGUGUAUGCGUGCCCCGUGCCCUGAUGCAUUAUCACAUCUGUCUGAUAUAAUGUUCCGAGGAGCAUACUGUAUGUGCAUCUCUCCCCACUCCCUCCCGGUUCUCUCUCCGGUCCUCUGCCCUUUAUCUCGUCUUCCAUGGACAAACACAUCCCUGACAUUUAGUCCAAUUAAAGUAAUGACCUCCCGCAUUCUCAACACACCUAUUCAUUACUCAAGUUCUCCUUUUUUUCAUCCUGGACUGGCUGCUUUGUCUCAUUUCUAUAUUUCACAGGGACAACCAAGCAAGAGGCAGAAGGCAUUUUUCAGGCAUGCAGGGAGGAGAGAGGUGAAUUAAAUUUUCAAUGAACAAGAGAGGGAAGCGACACGAGAGCAGACGCUGCAGCAGUCGAAUGAGACGAUAAGGCAGAGAUGCGAUAUAGGCAGGAAACAGAAACGCUAAACUUGGCAGGUGGGAGAUUUUUAACUUCAUGUUGAUGUAGCAGCUAAGGGGACAACAGACUGAAAACAAAGGGGAAUAUAAAAUACAGCGAGUAAGGAGGAGUAAACAGGAGACAAAAGACUGUUAGUGUUGUUACUGCAUAUAAAAGCCACAAUAAAACGCUGAGAAACACAAUGAGCUUCAGUCACUGUCACUCAAAGUGAAUUUCCCCAGCUCUUAACGGUCGCAUGGCCAAGUCUGCAGCUCAGCUAAGUGCCAGGCUCUGAGCUUUCUCUCCCUCUCUCUCUCUCUCUCUCUCUCUCAUCUCUCUUUCCUACUCACUCUCUCUCAAUUUUGUCACAGAAGGACGGGAUUUUCCAGAGGGGGAUCCCCGACAGAUUCUGAAACAAGUGCAAAAAGCCUCUCAGAGACCUGUGAAAAACUGUAGGCUGCACAACUCCACAUGGACAAAAAUAACGAAAAAAAGGCUGCUGUCCGCUCUUGAUUCCCUUCUCUCUUUGACCUUUCCUCUCUCCUUCCUUUCUCCUCACUUCCUCUCUUAUUAUGCCCCUCUUCGUCCUCCUCCCCAUCUCUCACCUUCUCCCUCCUGACUCUCAAAUCUGCUCCUGUGCACACCUUAACCAGUCCAAUAAAGGUUGUAGGUUCAGAUUAACUCAAGUGAGUGUCUGUGUGGCAUGUUUUUAAUACUCUGUGUGGUGCGUAAAUUACUGUAUCACCCAAACUUCCCAUUAAUCUUACACCACAGGAUAGAACGAAAGAAAGAGACGUUUCCUGGCUUUCUAAUAUUGAUGCUGGUGACUUCCUUUUUGUGCGUUCACACACUAACACACACUCCUGCAUGC